CCUAUAGCUGUAAGAGGACCUUCCAUAAGAAACUGGAGAAGACACCUUCAGCCCAGCUCUCACCAUGCUCAGGAUAGUUUGGGAUGCUCCUCAGCAGUUGCUAAAGGAGAGGAGAGAGUCCCGGAAGCUGGUACUGGUGGUGGUGUUUGUUGCUCUGCUCCUGGACAACAUGCUACUUACUGUAGUGGUGCCCAUUGUACCCAACUUCCUAUAUGCCACAGAGUUCAAAGAAAUCAACACUCCUCUGCACCUUGGCACCACCACAGUUUCCCAGCAUGUCCUUACUCCUCGUGCCUUUUCCACAAUCUUCUCCUUCUUUGGAAAUGACACCAUGGCUAUUAAAGAAAGUGCACCCAGUGGCACAGCAUGGACAGAUCGCACUUCUGGUACCAUCCCUCCUCUAGUCACUGAAGCCAUCCCAGCACAACAAAACAACUGCUUGCAAGGCACAGAGUUUUUGGAGGAAGAGAACAUACGGGUUGGGGUUCUGUUUGCUUCAAAGGCUCUGAUGCAACUUCUGGUCAACCCAUUCGUGGGACCUUUCAUCAACAGGAUUGGAUAUCACAUCCCCAUGUUUGUUGGCUUUGUUAUCCUGUUUCUCUCCACAGUUAUGUUUGCUUUUUCUGGUACCUAUACCCUACUUUUUGUGGCUCGAACCCUUCAAGGCAUUGGAUCCUCAUUUUCUUCUGUUGCAGGUCUUGGGAUGCUGGCAAGUGUCUACACUGAUGACUAUGAGAGAGGGCAUGCCAUGGGAAUUGCCUUGGGGGGCCUGGCUUUGGGAGUGCUGAUGGGAGCUCCUUUUGGAAGUGUGAUGUAUGUGUUUGUUGGGCGGUCUUCACCCUUCCUUAUAUUGGCCUUUCUGGCACUACUAAAUGGAGCACUCCAGCUGUGUAUCCUACAGCCUUCCAAAGUCUCUCCUGAGAGUGCCAAGGGGACUCCACUCCUUACACUUCUCAAAGACCCUUAUAUCCUGGUGGCUGCAGGCUCCCUCUGCUUUGCUAACAUGGGAGUGGCCAUGCUGGAGCCCACACUGCCCAUCUGGAUGAUGCAGACCAUGUGUUCCCCUGAGUGGCAGUUAGGUCUAGCUUUUUUGCCUGCCAGUGUGUCCUACCUCAUUGGCACCAACCUCUUUGGUGUGUUGGCAAACAAGAUGGGUCGGUGGCUCUGCUCCAUGAUUGGGAUGAUGGUUAUAGGUACCAGCUUGCUUUGUGUUCCUCUGGCUUAUAAUAUUUUUGGUCUCAUUGGCCCCAAUGCAGGACUUGGCUUUUCCAUAGGUAUGGUGGAUUCCUCUGUGAUGCCCAUCAUGGGACACCUGGUGGACCUGCGUCAUACCUCGGUGUAUGGGAGUGUCUAUGCCAUAGCUGAUGUAGCUUUUUGCAUGGGUUUUGCUAUAGGCCCAUCCACCGGGGGAGCCAUUGUGCAUGCCAUUGGCUUCCCCUGGCUUAUGGUCAUCAUUGGGGUCAUCAACAUCAUGUAUGCUCCUCUCUGUUACUACCUGAGAAGCCCCCCAGCCAAGGAGGAAAAGCUGGCAAUUCUGAGCCAGGACUGCCCCAUGGAGACCCGGAUAUGUGCAACUCAGAAGCCCACAAGGGAAUUUCCUCUGGGGGAAGACAGUGAGGAGGAGCCUGGCAGUAAGCAGUCGCAGCAGAAAGUGGUCUCUGAGCCUUGUCACAUGUUCGAUCCAUGAGCCUUGGACUUCAGUGACCAAAGAGUGACCACCUCUUUCCCUAAUCAUGAGAUCUCUAUGGGCUGCUCAACAGGCUUUACUUCCCUCUCCCCUGAGUAUACCUCCCCCUACCCCCGACUUCCAUGAGUGCCAUUCCCCGGUUCUCUCCUUAUCAACGUAACCCAUAGCUCUUCCUCUAAUGCUUUGCUACCUCAGCUGGCCCAUCUUUUAUGGGAGGACAUAGCUAUGCUUUCUCCUAAGCUGUUGUAAGCCUGAUUAAACUUGAGCUGUGGUGGAUUCUGCAAGGAGUGACUCAUUCCAUUGAAACAGCUUUGAGCACGGUGUGCCCCUGAAACCAAUGGGGCAAAUGACAAACUGCAUUUCAUCUAUUAUCUGAUAUUCUUUGGCACAUCCCCAACAGACCAUAAAACUUUGUCCUCUGUUCCUCCAUUUGGUCUUUCCUGAGUUUUCUCAGCUGAGUUGAGAAAGUUUCCUCAACAUUGUACUGCUGCCAAAUUGCCAAUGUGGGAAAUUGUUUGCCUGGUUCUUAGAAGCUGAGUAGUUUUUCUGUGGCUAAACCUAGAGCUGCUAAAGUGACUUUGUCCUCGGUGAAUGGAUG